AACUCUUCCUGUUCUUCCUCCUCCCAGUCUGGUCGCGGUCUGUGCUUGUCCUUGUUCUUUUUCCCUUUUUUCCCGUUCUCUUCACCUCCUGCUCCUUCUCCGUCCCGUUUCCAGUUCCAUCAUUCAUACCCACCAUGUCGUCCUCGAACCAGAAACCCCUCCCCUUUGGCUACCAGUUCGCCGCAGGUGCAGUAGCUGGGGUCUCAGAGAUUCUCGUCAUGUAUCCAUUGGAUGUUGUCAAGACACGAGUGUAAGUAAAAACAGGAGUGUCUGCUCCCACGGAAACUAUGUCGACGGCCCCGGAAAUUUAUUUUUUUUUUUUUUCUACUUGAGAGCUAACUUCGGUCACCUUGCGCGCAACGAAUAGUCAGCUUCAGACAAGCACUGCCGUUGGGGAGGAAGCCUAUUCUGGCAUGUUUGACUGCUUGCGCAAGAUCGUCAAGAAUGAAGGGUAUGUAUUAUUUGAAUGCAUUUUCUGGCCUUUUCCCUUCACCCCCGGAGAAUUGGAGUAGAUGCAAGAUGGCCCGAGGUUAUUGAGGAAGAGGAAAAAAAAAUUCCCAUCCCAACGUAUCAUUCUAUCCACCAGAACUAUUAAUACUAAUGAAAAACUGGAAAACCUCUCGUAGCCCCUCCCGUCUAUACCGCGGUAUCACCGCGCCCAUCCUCAUGGAGGCACCUAAGCGUGCGACCAAGUUCGCCGCAAAUGAUAGCUGGGGCGCCUUCUACCGCAACCUCUUCGGCGUACAGAAACAGACGCAAUCCCUCGCGAUCCUGACCGGCGCUACUGCCGGAGCUACUGAAUCCUUCGUCGUCGUGCCCUUCGAACUGGUCAAGAUCCGUCUUCAGGACCGCGCAUCCGCGGGCAAGUACAACGGCAUGCUAGACGUGGUAAAGAAGAUCGUCAAGCAGGAGGGUCCCCUGGCACUUUACAACGGCCUGGAAUCCACACUGUGGCGUCACAUCCUCUGGAACGCCGGAUACUUCGGAUGUAUCUUCCAGGUCCGCGCGCAGCUCCCCGCCGUCGAGCCGGGCAACAAGGCACAGCAGACUCGCAACGAUUUGAUUGCCGGCUCUAUCGGUGGUACGGCUGGUACUAUUCUCAACACGCCGAUGGAUGUCGUCAAGUCGCGCAUCCAAAACAGCCCCAAAAUCCCCGGCCAGACGCCCAAGUAUAACUGGGCUUGGCCUGCCGUUGGCACCGUCAUGAAGGAGGAAGGCUUCCCCGCCCUUUACAAGGGUUUCCUGCCUAAGGUGCUCCGGUUGGGUCCUGGCGGUGGUAUCCUGUUGGUCGUGUUCACGGGUGUCAUGGAUUUCUUCCGAAAAAUGCGAGGGGAGUAGAUGAGGAGGAAAAGAGAAUGAACUAAAAAGAAGAAGAUACCAGUAGAACGUUGCUGGAAGAGGACACUCACUUGAAGGAAGGGGGAAGCACAUUAGACGAGCGCAGGCCGAAUUCAUAGAUAGAUGGAACGCUUUUUUCCGUUUCUUUCUUUUUUUUUUUUUUUUUUUUUUUUUUUUU